AAGACCAUGGUCGAACUGGAGAAGGAGGUGCUCCCGCUGCCCCCUCGGUACCGGUUCCGAGACCUGUUGCUCGGAGACUGGCAGACCGACGACAGGGUGCAGGUAGAGUUCUAUGUGAAUGAGAACACUUUCAAGGAGCGCCUCAAGCUGUUCUUCAUCAAAAACCAAAGAUCCAGUCUGCGGGUGCGAAUGUUUAACUUUUCUCUGAAAGUGCUGAGCUGCCUCCUCUACAUUGUCAGAGUCCUAUUGGACAACCCACAAGAGGAAAGACAGGACUGCAUGAGCGGCGUAAACUGCACCAAACAAAACACAUCAUCCCGUCCCUGGAGUGAGUUUGACUGGAAACUGAUCAUCUGGGUGGAUAGACCUCUACCGCUGUGGGCACUACAGGUGCUUGUAGCUUUCAUCAGCUUUUCAGAAACUAUGUUGCUCGUGUAUCUAAGCUACAAGGGCAACGUUUGGGAGCAAGUAUUACGUGUCCCCUUCAUUCUGGAGAUGAUCAGCGCUGUUCCCUUCAUGAUCACUGUUCCCAAAGGCAUAGUGGCCUCCAUAAUUCUUAAAUGCAUCUGCGGUAUUCAACAUCUCGAACGAGCGGGCAACAACUUGACCCUGUUCGACUCGCUCUACUUCUGCGUGGUCACCUUCUCAACAGUGGGCUUUGGAGAUGUCACACCUCAGAUCUGGCCCUCGCAGCUCCUGGUGGUCAUCAUGAUCUUUGUGGCGCUCAUCGUGCUUCCUAUCCAGUUCGAGCAGCUGGCCUUUCUGUGGAUGGAGCGGCAGAAGUCUGGGGGGAACUACAGCCGCUACAGGGCACAGACGGAGAAACACGUGGUGUUGUGCGUCAGCUGUCUCAAGAUCGACCUCCUCAUGGACUUCCUCAAUGAAUUUUUCGCUCACCCUCGACUACAGGACUACUAUGUGGUGAUCCUGUGCCCAGCAGAGAUGGAUGUCCAGGUUAGGAGGGUCCUUCAUGUCCCUCUGUGGGCCCAGAGAGUCAUUUACCUGCAGGGGUCUGCCCUCAAAGACCAAGACCUGAUGAGGGCCAAGAUGGACGAUGCUGAGGCCUGCUUUAUCCUCAGUAACCGGUUUGAAGUGGACCGCAUAGCUGCUGAUCAUCAGACCAUCCUCCGAGCCUGGGCAGUGAAAGACUUUGCUCCAAAUUGCCCCCUAUAUGUCCAAAUUCUCAAGCCUGAGAACAAGUUCCACGUCAAAUUUGCAGAUCAUGUGGUGUGUGAAGAGGAGUUUAAGUAUGCCAUGCUGGCUUUAAACUGCGUGUGCCCUGGUACCUCGACACUCAUUACUCUAUUGAUCCACUCGUCCAGAGGACAAACGGCACCCCAGGAGGCCUUCAAGCAACGUGUGGGAGCCUUUCAAGCCCUCAACAGGGAGGGCGGUGCAUGUUCGGCGGACCAAUGGCACCGAACCUACCGCCGCUGCUCAGCCAAUGAGGUGCAUCACAUCCGCCUGGAGGAAAGUAAAUUCUUUGGGGAAUACCAGGGCAAGAGUUUCACCUUCGCCUCCUUUCAUGCUCACAAAAAGUACGGAGUGUGUUUGAUUGGCGUACGCAGACUGGACACUACCAACAUCCUGCUGAACCCUGGACCCUGCCACAUCAUGGGGGCCUCUGACAUGUGCUUUUACAUCAAUAUCUCCAAAGAGGAGAACUCAGCAUUUGUCAGGGGCCAGAGGGAGCCAUCAUGGGGCGGCACGGGAGGAAAUGCCAGGGGAGUACACCAGACCAUCUACCAUGGACUCACCCGUCUGCCAGUCCACAGUAUCAUCGCCAGCAUGGGCACAGUGGCCAUCGACCUGCAGGACUCCAGUGACAGCAGCCCAGAAGGGCAGGACCCGGGGGGCUCGGGCCUCGGCAGCGGUAGAGGAAGCAGGAGCAGCUCCAGGGCGGAGAUGGGUGGUGCUAACACCUUGGCCCUACCUGCCAUGGGAGACUCAGCCGAGGAGCGACGGCACAGCAUCGCCCCUGUCCUGGAGCUGGUAGAUGGAGUCAACAACCCCACCUUUGACCUAUUAGGAGACCAAUCGGAAGACGAGGGAGGAGAGGAGGGCAAGGAGGACAGCGACAGAGACGAGAGCGCCCACUGGUGGGGUCGACAGUGCGAGUGGGUGAAGGGGUACCCGCUGAACUCUCCGUACAUCGGCAGCUCGCCUGCGCUGUGCCACCUUCUUCAAGAAAAGAUGCCUUUCUGCUGCCUGCGUAUGGACAAGGCUUGCCACCACAUCCCUUUUGAGGAUGCCCGCUCCUAUGGCUUCAAAAACAAAUUGAUCAUUGUGUCCGCGGAGAGCGCAGGGAACGGUCUCUACAACUUCAUCGUGCCUCUACGGGCCUACUACCGACCCAGGAAGGAGCUCAACCCCAUUGUGCUGCUGCUGGAGAGCGUACCUGAAGCAGACUUCCUGGAGGCGAUCUGCUGGUUCCCCAUGGUGUUCUACACAGUGGGCUCCAUCGACAAUCUGGACAGUUUGCUUCGAUGUGGAGUGACUUUCGCCGACACCAUGGUGGUGGUCGACAAGGAGAGCUCCAUGAUUGCAGAGGAGGACUACAUGGCUGAUGCAAAGACCAUCGUCAACGUCCAGACCCUCUUCAGACUUUUCCCAGCUCUUAGUAUCAUCACGGAGCUCACACACCCGGCCAACAUGCGCUUCAUGCAGUUCAAAGUUAAAGACCACUACUCUCUGGCUCUCUCCAAGCUGGAAAAGAAGGAAAGGGAAAAGGGGUCCAACCUGGUGUUUAUGUUCCGCCUGCCCUUUGCUGCAGGGAAGGUGUUCAGCGUCAGCAUGCUGGACACUCUACUCUACCAGUCCUUUGUGAAGGACUACAUGAUCUCCAUCGCCAGGCUGCUGCUGGGUUUAGACUCCAUGCCUGGCUCAGGUUUCCUCUGUGCAAUGAAAAUCACAGAGGAUGACUUGUGGAUCCGCACCUACGGCAGGCUCUACCAGAAACUGUGCUCCUCCACCGGAGACAUACCCAUAGGCAUCUAUCGGACAGAGGCCCAAAAGCUUCCAGUCUCUGAGUCCCAGGUAUCCAUCACAGUGGAAGACUACGAGGACACCAGAGAACCCAGAGAACCCCUGUUGUCCCGGACCGGCGCACACCGCAACUCCACCUCCUCGGAGCCCAUCUCGUCCUCCUCCCACUCCUCAGACCACCCGCUGCUCAGGAGGAAGAGCAUGCAGUGGGCACGGCGGCUGAGCAGGAAAGGGGGUCGGGGCUCCAGCGGGGCCAAGGGGGGUCCGGGUAGUGCGGCAGAGAGGAUCAGCCAGCAGAGACUGACCCUGUUCAGGCGCUCGGAGAGACAGGAACUCAACGCCCUGGUGCGAACAAGGAUGAAACAUUUGGGCCUUUCUCCAACUGGAUUCAAUGGGAUGACAGACCAAGGGAACAGACUGUCGUACAUCCUCAUCAACCCUUCUCCAGACACCAGGCUGGAACUUCACGAUGUUGUGUACCUGAUCAGACCAGACCCCCUCUCUCUGGUACCCAAUCAAGGGGGUAACAGCAGGAAGUGCAGUGCUGGGCUCUCAGAGAGUCACAGGUUCGAUACACAGGACAGCACCCAUCUGUGAGAGACCAAAACAAAAAAAUAAAUAAAAAAACAAAAAAAAAAGACAAAUAUAUUCUCAAACAACUGCCAGAUAGAGGACAAUAAACAACUCACUCUUGAGGGAGAAGCAGAUAUCAAAAACUGGUUGGAUGGAUUGGGGUGCUGACAGAUGGCACAUGGCCCUCCUAUUUUCUCCACAUACAGUCUAGUUGAACUCAGAGGUGCUGGACAUGCAUGGACCUUUUCUAUAACGAUGGGAAUGUUUUAUUUAUGCGCCUUCCUAUUUUCAAAGCGGAGGGUUGCGGACACAGAAGUGCAUUUACUGAAAAACUAUACGUAUUUAUAUCUGUGUACGUGCAUGUUAUGUACUGCAUCAUGUAUGUGCAGUGUGUAUGUAUGUGUGUACUGUAUGUAUCUGCAGGUGCGUGAAUGAAUGUGUAUGUAUGCUUAUGGAUCAAGAGCAAGUACACUGCCAAUUUUAUCUGGACAGCCAAAGGAAUCUGCUGCCAAAUGAAAGUCAAGGGAUGUAUUUUUGUGUCCUUCUCUGUGUCAUAGGCGUGAUUUAUCACACUUAAUGUUGUUUGACGUAUGUGAAAGUGACGCUACAGUGCAGACACCCUUUUUUUUUUUUCAUAAAGCCUUUUUGAAGUUUUUUUUUUACCUGUUGCUUACACCUUCAAACACACGCAUUUGUUUUACGCUCACCAGCAGCGGAGGAACCCAAAGAGCACCAGUCUCAAUAGCGGACGUAACUAGACCGCGAGCGCACAUGGUCAGUGCAGGGCGUUUUUCUUCAAGUCCCGCUCCCUCUGCUUUUGUCAGUCAGUGUGAGCCUUCCAGCCACCGGCUUGCUUUUGCUGACAUGCAUGUUUCAGAUGCAGGGGAUGGACAAAAUAAUAGGAAGAUAUACCAUAAUAUAAUUCUAUCCACUACAGUACCCCUGCAAUGAAUACAGCCGUUGUGAAGCUUAUAAAUUGACCCUUUUUGAUUCAACAGUAUUCAAACUGUAUGAUAAGCUUUACAAGUAAACACACACUGCUAUAAAUAUCCUCUUCAACAAGAAAUUGGUUUGGUAAUUUAGAAUAAGAACAUAUAAUAUAAUUAGGUUUUCAGUCAGAAAAAAAUCUUGUUUCUCUAAAAACAAGUGAAAAAUGUGCCAGUAGAGUGAGAUCAUUCUGCUUGUCUAUCAGCCUAGUCUACCUUGUUUCAUAGAUUUUUCAGUUGUUUAAAGAAACACGAGAUUUCAAUAUGUUACAGAAUUAUCAAUAUUACAGUAAACCACUUGUUAGGGUAGACAUGUAUGCCAUUUGUUCACCAAGCAAUCUGUAAAUCUUUUGUCAGAAAUGCCGAAUGUACCGUUUCACACAGAAAUGGUGCUGCCGUGUGCUGGGAAUGCUAAGCGGCACCCCUGCCAAACACCACUGCUGAUGAAAAUAAGUA